CGGGAGCGGAUUUUGCCGGCUCAGGCAUUGUAGAAUACAACACCCGUUAGCAAAGAAAAAUAGUAGGAGAAUGGGCGGGCCUGAUCCUUUUAUAACCACCGUAUGCAAAUUAAGGCUCCAAAAGUCUUACGUUUCCAUUGGGCCAUGUAGAGACCUUGCGUUAUCAGUAAUAGCUACGUAACAACACCGACUCUUGACCUUAUUGGCCAUUUCUGGAGCCAAUUUAGGACCAAUGAAAAAUUCGUUCCUGACCCCACCCCUAGGAAAGCUUAUAAAGGCUUUCCAAUUGCUGAUCUUUCAAUCCUGUUUGUUGCGAGAAUCUGAGCUCUAGGCCUUAUAGCAUUAUUUUCAAUUAUGUCUGGCCGCGGAAAGCAAGGAGGCAAGACCCGUGCUAAGGCCAAGUCGCGCUCGUCCCGCGCUGGCCUUCAGUUCCCGGUGGGGCGAGUGCACCGUCUGCUGCGCAAAGGCAACUACGCCGAGCGGGUGGGGGCCGGCGCGCCCGUCUACAUGGCGGCAGUCCUCGAGUAUCUGACCGCCGAAAUUCUGGAGCUGGCGGGCAACGCGGCCCGAGACAACAAGAAGACGCGCAUCAUCCCUCGUCACCUGCAGCUGGCCAUCCGCAACGACGAGGAACUGAACAAGCUGUUGGGCAAAGUCACCAUCGCCCAGGGCGGCGUUUUGCCCAACAUCCAGGCCGUUCUAUUACCAAAGAAAACCGAAAGCCACAAAGCCAAAAGCAAAUAAAUCCAGACAAAGUAAACCAAAGACCAAAGGCUCUUUUUAGAGCCACCCAA